GAGAUCAUUUCCGUCUGUCCAGGGAGCGUUGCUACAGUGGCUUGAAGUAUCAUCAAAUUGCUCUGAAUCUGGGAACCAACAUGCCAAAGUUCUCUCUCCAUGACAAAGUGUGUGUUCUGCUGUCUUGGGCUGUGAUGGUGAUGCACGGCGCUGCAGAGCAAGAUUACUUCCCCCAACUCAACAAUGUCACCUGGCACGAGGCCAGGAACCACUGCCAGGCCUGUUUCAAAGAGCUGGUGACUCUGACCCCUGACAACAUCCACACAGUCGUCCAGAACCUCACCAGUGAGUCCUGGAUCGGCCUCCGCAAGAACUUCUCCACCUCGAGCAUGUCCUGGACCCGCUGGGCCAACGGGGAUCCCCUCACCUUCCAGAACUGGUACCCUGGUUGGCCCGUGUUGAAAUCCUCCUUCCCAGCCUGCCUGGCAACAACACCAUACAUGAGCAGCACCACAACACCAUACAUGAACAGCACCACAACACCAUACAUGAGCACACCGCAGCAAAUACCACAGCUGCACCUGUGA